AUGCACAAAUAUCUGUCAUUACCACUGCUACUCUUACUGCCUUGGUCAAACCCAGCAGGAGCAGUACCAUUAUUUGUUCGCGAUGAACCAUGGACAGGCAAUCAAACAUCCUUAGGCAAUUCAACACUAGCAGGCAACGAAACACUCACAGGCACCGAGACUUUCAAAAGCAACGAAACAACCACACCUGAAGUCUUGGUCCGCGACUACAACACACUCAACGCAACCACUUGGAACGGACAAGAAGUCCCACGAUUUCUUCUGGGCGGCAAUGUCAGGACCGUAGGACAGUAUGCUAACGGCACGACAUAUGUCAUCGAAACCCCUUCCAGGAAUAACAACACCGGCAACACGACUUUAACAAGCGGGACUGGACGUCUGAUACCUUUUCCACCUCCGAGACUGCUGGCAUCGGCGAACAGCACACGCACGAACAGGACACAACUUCCAGCAGAUGCUGAUGAGCUAUCGAAGGCAGCAGCAAAUGGAGUGCUGACUCUCAGCAUCGUAAACAAGUGGCCAAGCGAGAACUUACUCGUCUACGUCUCCGGUCUGGACACCAAAGGUGCUCUCGUUAUGCUUGGCCAGGACGGCAAAUGGAUGAACCCGACCACCAGUUCAGCAACGCCUGAGCCGGUGAAGGGGUCCAUUGCCAUUCCUCUAGGCAAGCCCAAUUCAACAUUGACACUGACGCUUCCCGGCUACAUUGAGAGCUCCCGAGUCUGGAUUGUUGACGGCAAAUUGGACUUUUUCGUCGUCGCGACACCCAACGGACCAGGUCUCGUCGAGCCAGCCGCAGUCAAUGCCGCCGACCCGAACUCUCAGAGGAACUACGCCUUCGCAGAGCUUUCUUGGGCAGCAGCGUACGGCCUCUACGCCGAUAUCACCGCAGUCGACUUCGUCGGCCUACCCCUCGGCAUCGAACUCGAAGAAGCCAACAACGCCAAACGCUCCAUCCUCGGCACUCCCUCCAACGCAGCCGACCACCUCUGCGACGUUCUCAAGACACAAGCUAGCAAGGACAAACAACCCUGGGAUCAACUCUGCUACCGCGACUCCAAAAACAAACUCGUCCGCGUUCUUGCCCCAUCAAACCUCAUCUCCCAGAAGCCAGACGCAUUCAAAGGCUACUACGACCGCUACGUCGAAAAUGCCUGGACCAAAUACGCAAACGAAGACCUCAUCAUCGAAACCCAAACCGAUGCCGGAAAAGUCCCUUGCCGCGUCAAAGAUAAUCUCCUCCAAUGCAAAGGCGACAACCGCCCCUACGCCAAACCCACCGCAUCGGAUAUCAUGGGCUGCAACACCGGUCCCUUUGGAAUUCAAUCCGGCGACAACGGUGUCCAUCUCGCUGUCGUCCCACGAUUAUGCGCCGCUUUCCAUCGAAGCACACUGUUCCUCAAGGGUGGGAACGUGCAACCUGGACUAAGUCCGAAGGAUUAUUACAGGACGCCUAAAAGUGGACCGAAUUCGAACAAUCCGCCGAAGAAUUAUUAUUCGAAAUUUGUGCAUGAGAUUGAACAUGAGGGACGGGGGUACGCUUUUGCUUAUGAUGAUGUUACGCUCAAGGGCGAGUGGGAUCAGAGUGGGUUGGUUGCUAGUCCGCAGCCGAGGUUGUUGAGGAUUAUUGUUGGGGGAACGUAAUAUGAAGCUUAAAGGAUGCAAGUGAUGAUGGUGUUGAGUUCUGAUUGUAAUGAGUUCAU